GCGCCGCGGCCACGAACCACGGCGAAGUUCUGCGCGAUGAGUAAUGGAGCAAAAGUGGACCCCGCCAGCAUUAUCGAGGUCCGAUGCGCAUCUCAGCAUCGAUUUGACGUACCGUACGCUGCGGCCUACAUUAUCUGCGGAACCGUACGAAACCGUUAAGUCACCGUGCCGUGGUGUGUAGAAAAAAACCUUUAUCCCUGGCCCCGCCGUGGCCGGGAGGAGAUAAAUGUGCCCAACUGUCGAAGCCGAAGCCGCGCGACCUUAUCACUUUAUCGAACGGUAGUGGCUAAGUGGCGGACAUUUCAGUAACAUCGCAGCAGUUGCGCAGUCAGUCAGUUGGAGUCGCAGUUGUGCCGCCGCCGGGAAAUCGGGAAACGCCAAAAUGCCCAAGGAAAAGAGCUCCAAGCACGUCAAGUGCGAAAUUCUAUUCGAGAACAAUUCGAACGGCAUUUUCACGGCCGGCGAUCAUGUCGCCGGCUUCGUCGAGUUGCAGCUGACCAAGAUAAAGAAAGUGCGAGGUGUGUGCCUUAAUAUUUCCGGGUUUUCGGCCGUGUUCUGGGAGGCCAAGGUACCGGAUGGGCCGAAAAACAAAAAGACGAAGGCACAGUUCAAGGGCCGCGAGGACUUCAUCAAGAAGAAACUGUACCUCGCCGGGGCGGAAAAUGGUGCCGGAAUACAGCUGCCCUCCGGUGCGCUGCGGUACAAGUUCGACUUUCAAAUUCCUCCAACGGUGCCAACCUCGAUGGAGGGAAAAUACGGCCAUGUGCGCUAUCUGCUGCAAGUGACCUUGGAGCGUCCGUGGAAGUUUGACCACAACUUCCAGAAACCGUUCACCGUGGUGUGCCUGGCCGAUUUGAACCAGAGCAACGAAGUCCUGUGCAUACCGACCAAGGCCGAGAGCAUGAUGACGUUCUACUGCGGAUUCUGCCGCUCGCGGCCUCUGAUAGUUUCGGCAACCACACCCAAGUCCGGCUAUACACCCGGGGAAACGAUCGAGCUGGAGGUGUUUGUCCAAAACUCCAGCACGGUGGCGGUCAGUGAGAUUGAGAUUAAGUUUCAAAAGUUACUGAAAUUCAUCAGCCAGACGCGUGUGAUCGGCCAGACGCAGAUUCCGCUCGUGGAAACCAACGUCCAGUACGAAGUGCUGACCGUGCGCAAAAUACCCACCAUACAGGGGGAAAACGAUGCACGGUUUGUGGAGAACUUCGUCGUCAACCCGAUACCGUCCACCGAGACAACGCACAGCAGUAUCGUGCAUGUCUCGUACGAGCUGGCCAUCUUGGUGAAACCGCAGAGGUCCACCAAGCGGAUGAAGCUGAACAUACCGAUUACCAUCGGCAAGAUCCCGCUGGCAGGUUCGGCGACGCCAUAUUCGAUUUCGGGAGGCGUCCACAAACUGGCCACCACUCUAGGAGAGCAGUGCAGCGCCCCGCCAGCUUACGAGGAGUAGCCACGGGCCACGGGGGCGGUGGGGCAGGAACUGACCGACAUCGGGUUUUUUUUGUGAUACUGUGGAACACGACAAACAGACGGGACGUGAUUAGUGAUUACGGAACAGUGCUUAAGAGGAUGCUUACCAGACCGUCCCACCAGAGCGGCUGACUUUUAAACUGUGUGCAAUUACCGUCAACUGUUUAUAUCUUUAUGCCUUUUGUAGAA